AGUGGGUUUUUGCGCACCGCUGACGGAGCCGUUUGGACCUUUUCUUUCUGCCAACAGAGUCGGCAAACCAUGUUUCUAUGCAACACCAGUGCCAUAAAGGACUGGAACUCCUUUCUGUCGCAGAUCCUUCCCCUGAUGAACAAAAGCGCAGCGGGUUCGGUGAGUUUUGACGCACCGGACACGGUGACGGCCGCCACGGUGACCGCGCUGCUGCCCGACGGCGCGGUGAGCGCCAGCAGCUCUCCGCUCAACUCCGACCACACCUCCGGCAUGGAACACGUCUUCCAGUACUCAGGUUACUCGGAGAGCGACCUGCUGUUCAGGGACUACCAGACACCGGGCCAGGACCCCAUCCCGCUGCCCAAAGCGGUUCUGUACCUGGUGAUGGCGGCGCUGGUGAUGGUGGCCGUGGCGUACGCGAUAGUUGGACACCUGGUCAAAGAUGUGCUCAACGACUUUGUGGGUGGAGGCAGUUCUGUUGUUACUGAAGGUGCCCGUGGUGAAGCCAGUGAACCAGACUGGCCGUUGGGCUCUCGGAGGGUUUCCAGCUGCAACAAAAACAAGAUACAUUGCAUCACCGGGAUGGCGAGCAAGCAGCGUGAGCGCCCCCACUUGGUGGAGAUGAGAUCCAUCAAUCGGCCAGAGGAGGUGGCGGUUAUCGUGGAUGAGACUUUAGACCAGCGACCUCCAGAGGCUCCUUCUGGAACUUAACUGUUUCAAGAAGCACAUGAUCUCGUAUAAGUGGAUUUAUCAGUGUGUGAGGAAUCCCCCGUCCACUGCAGGGUGACACCUGUGGAGUGUUCUGCCACGAAAAGCAACAACUGUGGAAAGAUGGCGUGAUGGAAGAUGAGGCGAGGAACACUGCAGCUUUCUGGACAAACGUCCAAAGUGUUCAUCAUUGUGCACACAUCACAACAUCAAAUAGCUGCUUAUCGUGACAUCACUGCUCACAG